CUGCCGGGUCGUGUGGAAAGAGGCCCCGCUGACUUGCUGGGGUGCGCGAAAGGGUCAGGCUGUAAACUGGCAAAGUUGAAAUGCGAUCCAAGGAAGAUGGCUCAGGAAGGAGGCGUGUUGGCUCAGGCCCCGGCCUAGGUCGUUGGAUGGACUCUGUUGGAUGCAGACGUAACAGGGGAUCUGGAAUUGGAGAGCAGCCCAAGAGAGGGAGGAGAAGCAGCUUGAGGCAUCAUUAGAUGCACUGCUGAGUCAAGUGGCUGAUCUGAAGAACUCACUGGGGAGUUUCAUUUACAAGUUGGAGAACGAGUAUGACCGGCUGACCUGAAACUGAAAGUAUGUCCCUCUUUCCUAACCCCACAAUCCCCGGGAGCCAGUCUGGUACCUGCACAGUCCAGCUGUAGUGCAGCCCUCUGUUCUGGACAGCUUUGCCUUGCUCUCUGGACAGUUGAAUACUUUGAACAAGGUCUUGAAGCACGAAAAGACACCACUGUUCCGUAACCAGGUUAUCAUCCCUCUGGUGUUGUCCCCAGACCGAGAUGAGGAUCUCAUGCGGCAGACUGAAGGACGAGUGCCCGUUUUCAGCCAUGAGGUGGUCCCUGACCAUCUGAGAACCAAGCCUGAUCCUGAGGUUGAAGAGCAAGAGAAGCAACUAACAACAGAUGCUGCCCGCAUUGGUGCUGAUGUGGCUCAGAAGCAGAUCCAGAGCUUGAAUAAAAUGUGCUCAAACCUCCUGGAGAAAAUCAGCAAAGAGGAGCGGGAAUCAGAGAGUGGAGGUCUUCGGCCGAACAAGCAGACCUUUAACCCUGCAGACACCAAUGCCUUAGUAGCAGCUGUGGCCUUUGGGAAGGGGCUGUCUAACUGGAGACCUUCAGGCAGCAGUGGUCCUGGCCAGCCAGGCCAGCCGGGAGCCGGCACAAUCCUUGCAGGAGCCUCAGGAUUACAGCAAGUGCAGAUGGCAGGAGCUCCAAGCCAGCAACAGCCAAUGCUCAGUGGGGUGCAGAUGGCCCAAGCAGGUCAAACAGGAAAAAUGCCAAGUGGAAUAAAAACCAACAUCAAGUCAGCUUCAAUGCAUCCCUACCAGCGGUGAGUGUGGCUGGCAAUCCCCACUCCCAGGUGCUCUUUGCAGAGGUGGGCAGUGAAAUCGCCUUUUGCCCAAAGCUGAACUAGAUGUGUACAAUAAAAAGAACGUGAGCUUUCAGCACCAGACAAAUCCCAGCUUCACCACUGACUGACUGUGUGACCUUGGGCAAGUGACCUAAUUUUUCUGAACCCGUUUUCUUGUUUAUAAAUGGUGAUACCUACCUCAUAGGGUUGUUGUGAGGAUUAAAAUGAGAAAAUGAAUGUAAAACAGUA